GGCAGCGCGAUCCCGCGGGGCCCUGUGAGCCCCCAGCGCCACGGCACCAUGUUGCUGGUUGAGAAGACAACGGACUCACCGGCGGCCGAGUUCUCGCUGGUGGAGGACGUGGCGCUGCACUUCGCCUGCUUGAUGGGCCGCCUGAACGAGCAGCGCCUGUUCCAGCCUGACCUGUGCGACGUGGACUUGGUGCUGGUGCCCCAGCGCAGUGUCUUCCCGGCCCACAAGGGCGUGCUGGCCGCCUACAGCCAGUUCUUUCACUCACUCUUCACCCAGAACAAGCAGCUGCAGCGCGUGGAGCUGUCCCUGGAGGCGCUGGCGCCCGGCGGCCUGCAGCAGAUCCUCAACUUCAUCUACACGUCCAAGCUGCUGGUCAACGCGGCCAACGUCCACGAGGUGCUGAGUGCUGCCUCACUGCUGCAGAUGGCCGACAUUGCCGCGUCCUGCCAGGAGCUGCUGGAUGCCCGCUCCCUCGGCCCCCCGGGCCCUGGCGCCGUGGCCCUCGCCCAGCCGGCUGCCGGCUGCACCCCGGCUGCACCACCCUACUACUGCGACAUCAAGCAGGAGGCCGACGCCCCGGGCCUGCCCAAGAUCUACGCCCGAGAGGGCCCCGACCCCUACUCGGUGCGCGUGGAGGACGGGGCUGGGGCCACGGGUAGCACGGUGCCCGCCGCCCUCGGGCCGGCUCAGCCCUUCUUCAAGGAGGAGAAGGAGGGUGGCGUUGAAGAGGCCGGCGGGCCCCCGGCCAGCUUGUGCAAGCUGGAGGGUGGGGAGGAGCUGGAGGAAGAGCUCGGGGGUUCUGGCACCUACAGUCGGCGGGAGCAGUCCCAGAUCAUCGUGGAGGUGAACCUCAACAACCAGACGCUGCACGUGUCCACAGGGCCGGAGGGCAAGCCGGGCGCCGCCACCGGCCCGGCCACCAUGGUGCUGGGCCGGGAGGACGGGCUGCAGAGACACUCGGAAGAGGAGGAGGACGACGACGAGGAGGAGGACGAGGAGGAGGAGGAGGAGGAGGGAGGAGGCAGUGGCGCGGAGGAGGAGGACGAGGAGGACGAGGAGGGCGGCAGUCAGGGGGAGGAGGAGGACGACGAGGAGGAGGAAGGGCAGAGCGAGCAGGAGGAGGAAGAGGAGGAGGAAGAGGAAGGGCACAGCGAGCAGGAUCAGGAGAGCUCAGAGGAGGAGGAAGAUGAGGAGGAUGGGGAGGCGGGGGGCCGGCAGGGCGGGCUGGGGCGCCGAGGCAGCCGGGCCGAGCCCCCGGCCCACAGUCGCAUGGCCACGAGGUCCGCCCGGCGCCGUGGCCCCCCUGAGCCGGAGGAGGCCGGGCGGCGGGGCGGGAAGCGGCCAAAGCCCCCUGCAGGAGUGGCUCCCGCUCCUGGCUCCCGAGGGCCACAGGCUGCCGACGGGCUGGGGGCCAAGGUAAAGCUGGAGGAGAAGCAGCACCAUCCAUGCCAGAAGUGUCCGCGAGUUUUCAACAACCGCUGGUACCUGGAGAAGCACAUGAACGUGACCCACAGCCGCAUGCAGAUCUGCGACCAGUGCGGCAAGCGCUUCCUGUUAGAGAGCGAACUGCUGCUGCACCGGCAGACGGACUGCGAACGCAACAUCCAGUGUGUGACAUGUGGCAAAGCUUUUAAGAAGCUCUGGUCCCUCCACGAGCACAAUAAAAUUGUGCACGGCUACGCAGAAAAGAAGUUCUCCUGUGAAAUUUGUGAGAAGAAGUUCUACACCAUGGCUCACGUGCGCAAGCACAUGGUUGCCCACACCAAGGACAUGCCCUUCACCUGCGAGACCUGUGGGAAGUCCUUCAAACGCAGCAUGUCUCUCAAGGUUCACUCCCUGCAGCACUCUGGGGAGAAGCCGUUCAGAUGCGAGAACUGCAAUGAGCGCUUCCAGUACAAGUACCAGCUGCGGUCACACAUGAGCAUCCACAUCGGCCACAAGCAGUUCAUGUGCCAGUGGUGUGGCAAAGACUUCAACAUGAAGCAGUACUUUGAUGAGCACAUGAAGACUCACACAGGGGAGAAGCCGUACAUCUGCGAGAUCUGUGGCAAGAGCUUCACCAGCCGGCCCAACAUGAAGCGGCACCGGCGCACGCACACCGGCGAAAAGCCCUACCCCUGCGAAAGCGGGAGGCUGAGCACCAACAACUAA